AUGCUCUACACCUCGGCGGAGACCGCUCAACCUGCCACCUCUGCUGACAUCUGUCUCCGUGGAUACACGCAGCCACUGCCAGGCUACGCCACCAAGACUGAUCCAUAAUAAUAAUCCCCAGCUGGAGAACAAACAACAUCUGGGCGUGGAGAGAAGGGAGAGGGCUAAGUCUCAGCAGGGUGGGCGGCAGAUGGUGUCACUGCAGCAGCACUUCUCCAGCAUGGAGGAGACGGUGCGGACGCUACUCCAGAACCAGGACUCACUGGAAGGGCCCAAGGUGGACCCACUGGACCUCAUGAAAGCAUACAAGGACAAACUCCUGGAGGAAAUGUGGAAGCAGCAAGACAGUCUGGAGGGUCCCACAGCCACAGCAGCAGAGAUGCCUGCCUCGCCCGAGGCUGGCGGAGGGUCAGAUGAAAAUUCAAAGGACAGCAAUCCCCUGCUAGAGCGACUCCGAGCCCUGGAGGCUGAGAACUCUGCUCUGUCAAUGGAAAACGACAAUCAGAGGAAGCAGUAUGAACGCUGUCUGGAUGAGGUGGCUAACCAGGUGGUCCAGGCCCUCCUCACACAGAAGGACUUGAAAGAGGAGUGUGUGAAGCUGCGGACCCGUGUCUUUGACUUGGAGCAGCAAAACCGCAUACUGAGUGUGCUGUUUCAACAACGUGUCAAAAUGUCCACGGUUCCUGUCUCCCAGGAGGUCCAAAGGAAUGGAAAAGCAGGUAUUCCCGGAAGGUGGCCCAGCCUGCUGAGUCUAACAUGCCCACGCAGUAGUGGUAGCGGCAGUGGCAGUGAACUGUCACUAUCCAGUGCUGGUAGUGAGUACUCCAGUGGCUCCCACACUUGGGCAGAGGGACGCGGAUUCUCCAAGCAGUGCGCCGCAAGCCGGGACAAAAGGAUGAGUACGGGUUCAGUAUCCAGCAACCACUCUGCACCCAUUGAGCAGACAGACCUGGGAUGGAAGGAAGGCCACAUUCUGAAAGGCCUGAAGCGUCUCCAAAUGUGCAGCUCCAAAGAGGCAUCCUCACUUGCAUCUGUGCCACACUGCAAAGAUUGUAUGACUUCCAACGAGGGCAUAUACUCAUUUGGUGUCAAGUGUGGCCAACAAGGGAGUACAGCCAAGCAAUUAGCCCCUCCAAGUAAAUCUUUGAAGGCUGGAGCAGGGACUACUGCCCCCCUAGACUCAGAUGAUGCCAAUACUGAAUCAACUAAAUUACAAAGUACAGAAUCCAGUGAUCAACCAACAAAAGAGCUUGUUUGCUUGCAGAAACUGGAUGUCACAAGGGAUGAUGACAACAAUUUUCAACAAGACCCUGUAAAACUUGGAGGGAAUUCUGGUCUUUUUCCCUCACCUGUCACAGACAACUUCUUAUUUUUGGAGGGCCCCUCAGUAAAACCUGGUGUAAGCCCAACAGAUAGCCUUACGCAUUUGGAGGAAAAAAACAAGCCUUCAAGCAUGAAGUUAAGUGACAGAAACAAUAACCAGGAAAGGCCUACUGACCGUAAAUCCAGACUUGAUCAUGUCAAAAGACAACAGGGCAGAUUUGCAUUCAAGCAAGUCGAAGCAGAUACAAAUAACGUGAGUUCCUCUAUUCAGCAUUCUGCAACAACUGCUCUGAGCUCUGUGAGUGUAGCCAGACAGCGCAGCUCCUCAAUGGAGGUUCCUCACUGCAGAGACCAGGCGAGUCAAGCUGUCAGUGAAAGCCAGGACUACACCAUCUCAGAAUCUCCACAGAGGAAACUGAAACCUCAGCUUUGUGACUCAGCAAGAAAGGCUUUCAUUCUGCGGAGCAAGAGUGCGGAUGGAGGGAAAGAACAACCUAAGCAUACACAUUCUCCCCUCCACCAAAAACUCAUCAAGGGCCACAGGUCCAAAGGUCAGUCAAGCCCUCCUGGGCACAGUGUUCCUAGCAAAAGUACAAAUCUCAAUAAAACACAUUGUUCAAACAAGGGAUCAUUAUCUAAAGUUGAGAAAGAUGAGAACAUUUUGGUACCAACAAGUUCCAAGUCUCUCAAGAGUGUACGCUCUCCCCUCGCAUCCCCUGUGAAGCAUUCAAAGACAUUUAAGCCGCCAGGGAUCAAUGAAUGCUCAAAGAGCCCAACAAAAUCAUCUUUACAAGUCACUGGACUUCAAUCAAGCAACGAGUCUGUGGAAGAGAGCAUCUACGACAACUUACCCUGCUCUCCACGAAAACAACGACGCCAAGACCAGCACUUUCCCGCACUUUCAGAACGUAGGUCCCUGUCCCCACCACCACCCCCAGGUCGAACUACUUCUCUUGUCCUUCGUCCCAGUUAUGACAGCUUACCAAAAGCAUAUACAUCUGCAGGUCAGGCUCAAAGCUCUACUACUGGCAAGAUAAAAACGGGCACCACCAAGCCACAAUCAUAUCUUCCUUCUAUUUUACAGCCACAACAAUCCAACAUAGCAAAGGACAAUCAACAUACAGCUCCACAACUGGGUGCUGAUGGGAAGCCACUGACAGAUAUCCCUGCCAAGCUCUACCAUACCCAGUCAUCUAAGAUGCCAUCUGUCUCACUUCAAGAGUCUUCAGAGUCAGUCCAGCUAUCUAUGGACAGAACUGCCACAUGCCAUGAUGAACAUGGUGCUCCAUCUAUAUUUCCAAGUCAGAGCAUCUUACAAAGAUCCCAACAAAGCAUUAGUGAGCCAAAACUUUCAAAUGUAUUGUCUCAGGCAUAUUCUAAGAUGUACUGCCAUGGGAUUGCGAAUAAUCCUCAGAGUUCCACCUCAAGACCUGUAAUUAUGUCUCUCCCUGUAAAUGCUAAAUCUCAUGAGGCAAUUUCUGGACAGGAAACCAAUACCUUCCUAGAUUUUGGAAGACAUGACAAAGAUGAUACAAACUCCACUGCAAAAGGUAUCCACACCUUUCAGACUUUUACGUGUGAUCCCCAGAUGAUACAUGAAUGUGGAGCUCACGAUAAAGUCCGCAGAAAGAUUGAGACCCGCUGUAACUCACUGGAUUCUGAGCCCUCUGUUCAACCUGUUGCAUCAGAUAGCGGUGUGAUGUUAGAUUGGGGAUUUGAUGAGGAAGGUUGGCUGUUUAAACGUUCUGUGUCUGUGUCAACCAGACCUCCACUUAAGCCAGUAAUGGGAAUGAAUGGGGCUAAGGCUCGUAGCCAGAGCUUUGGUGCACGCUACAUGGACAGGCCAAGCUUCAACAGAUCUGGAAAGGUCCGUACCCAGAUCAAAACACACUCAGGUAGCUCCUUGAACUCUCUUAGUGAUGUCCUUCCGGGAAGUAUGAGUUGCUCAAGUAGCUACCAUUGUCCAAUGAAUCGAUCCCUUUUGAACAACUUUUUGAUUGAAGAGGGCCUGACAGUACCUUCACAUUUGGGGUCCUCUAGUGAAAGACUUCAGAGUCUUAAACACCAACGAGAGCAGGCUAGGCGCCUUCAGAUUGAGCAACAGUUUUCAAGCGCCUUUGGCGAGCCAGUUUCUGAAGAACCAGAGAGACAAAGUUCUAUAACCACAAUCGAAGAGAAAGUGAUGCUCGGCAUAGAGGAGAACUUGCACAAGACUCAGGAACAGGAGAGAACCAGUGAAGUGAAGCAAAAAUCGGGCUCAACCUUAGCAAAUUGGUUUGGUUUUCGUAAGAGUAAGCUUCCUGCUCCAAGCAGCAAAAAGACUGAUCCACCCAAAGUUAAAGAGGACAAGAGGGAGCAAAAGAUUACAUCACUUCUGGGAGGAAAGCAAACAAAGUCUGACAAAAAGAGAGACAGAAGAAAAAACGAUGGAAAAGAAUGCUCUGUGGCGAUGAGAGAGUCUCAUGAUGCAGUGCGGGCAUGCAUCUCAAUGCCCUGCCCAGGAAUGUCCCUGAAUGAGAUACAAGGACAUACUGACUUCACUGGGGACCCGAAGAUGCAGAUGGUGAACCUGAGAGCUGAUGGUGAAAAUGGAUCCACAGUGAAGAGCCCCAACCAGGAUGCUGUAAUAGGCUCCGGCUGCAAGAUGCGAACGUUGGACAGUGGAAUUGGGACCAUCCCCCUUCCUGAAUCCUGUUCCUUCUUCGCCUCCAUCCUGCACCUCCUCCCCAAAUCCUCAUCAACCCCAGAACCGUCCCUCAGUCCACCCAGUGUCCCCGGUUCCUCCAGCGAGGACAUGUCUCUUUCCCCAUUACCCCGGUGGAGAAUACCCUCCAGCUUUAAGGACUGCAGCCAUGCAAGGCUGCCGAACUCCCUCUCCGACUCCUCUAUGACCCAUAUCCAGUCAGUGCCUUUCCCCACUGUGGCCUUCCUCCAGCCCAUCCAACCCCAAUCUGAACCCAUUGUGACCUCUGCCAGUGUGUGUGAUACCCAGAGCAGGCUGCCCAGACUACCACCAGGUGGGAUGGAACCAAAGAAGUUAAGCUAUAUCAAAUCGAAAACACGAGCCACUCCAAGCCAACAGAAAGAGCAGACAAGACUUCAGCUUGCCAACUAGUUACUCAGCCAUCCCGAAGCAAGGAAUCAAUCAAUCAGUUGGAUUUAUCACUCGAACACACAUGGAGGAUCCCUAAGUCCCACCGUUUGGAUACGGCGUGUCUGUGUCAGGAUGAAACACUCAGAGCUGGACAACAACUGAGCUUGGCAUUGCAGGCUUCCCCCUAGGUUUUAGUGCAGUGUGGAGAUACUGAGUAGCCUUUCAGGUGUAGUAAUCAACCUUCUGGCAUCCAUUUUGGAGGUUUGCAGCUCAUUGGCAUCAGCUGGGAGCAGCUGGUUGAAAUUCUAAAUGUACAGCUCUGCUGUCUCACAGGACUGGAGGUAAACAGACAGUUAUUUUCCUUUACACUUUUUUUUUUUUUGUUUUUUCCCCACCCUGAGAAGUAAUAAUUUUGACAAAAACAUGCACGUGGCCGGCUUUUUUAUUUUGGUGAUGUGCGGUUAGCUACUGUAUCUCUUUCAGGGCUACUUGUAAUCAUCUCAUGAACACAGUUGCACACAAGCUAACGCCUGAACAGUGGGUCCAGUUUAAGCUAACAUACGUGGCCUGCAGCUGCGAGUUUACAUUGAGACGACAUAACCAUGCUCGUUAGCUAGCUAAACUAACUGUUCUGAGUUGUUUCUGAUUGAAAUGUUCUAACAAAGCGGUAUACAUAGGACUGUUAGUACUUUGCGGACACACUGUUUAUAGUUCCAUAAUCUAAACAUCGAAACACAUUACAGCAAAUUUCCUAACCUGGUUUUUUAAAACUUAAAAUGUAGCCACUAGUGCACAGAGCAAAUGCUUAACACAAUGACUGACAUAGCUAACAUAGUUUGCAAGAGCCUAUUUUAAUAUCCAGCAGACAAAAAGCAGCGUCCUAUCUGAUUGGUUCUGGCCACUUUACGAAUCUUAUAUUCAAAGUACAACACAUAGUCCUUUUAUCCCGCUUUUGGUCUCCACCAACUCUUUAGAAAUAGUUUUGGGUCUUGCAAGCUGUUUCACUACAUGAACAAGCCACUCGGUAGCUUUCUCAUUUGGUGCGCACAGUGGGUUUAUCUGACUGUGCGCCUGCACAACCAAUACAAUGAGCCAAAAGAAGCUAAAAAGUAUCAUUUGAUUCCAUUUUAUUUAAAAAAGAAAGAGAAAAAUUGGUUAAUGCAGGUUCAAACCACCAAAUCACCACCAGACCUCCAUUAUGGCACCAGCUGUGGCCACUUUUGGAGAUUAAUGAUGCAAAUUAAAGGCCUCCACUAAAAUCCUGCUGAGCAUGGAUUGUUUAGACAUUUAUUUGCAUUCUCCAGCAAUGUAUGAACAUUUUAAUAAAUGUUUAUAUGAAGAUCAAAUUUUGCUUAAGAUCUUGUGAAUAUCUAAGCUUCAAUAAAUAUGUCAGUAAUUUAUUUUCGGAUGGAAACUUAUAAACUCAAGAUCACAAAUUAUGACUUCCAUCCUGCAGACAUUUUAUGUACAGCACUUACUACUGAUUGCCAUUCAUGAGCUCUAUACCUGACUUGGUAAUGUGAUUCUUUAAAGUGUGCACUAUCUUGUUGGAAACUUUUUUUUUUAUUGUCACAAUGUUAAUAUCAACUUGCAUGCAACCACCCUCGGACUUAUUCUAACCACAGAAAUGCAUCGUAUGAAUCUGAUAUCCAUUAUAUGACGAGUUUCAUCACAAGAGGUAAAAAAUACUGAUGAGGGAAACUUGAUAUGCACUGCUCAGUUUUUAUGACAUAUUACACACAUUACAUAUUGUCAUUACAUAAGCAAAGGUCUAUUUUGAAUAUCCUCCAUCGUGGAUCUGACUAUCACGCUUGAAAUUACUUUAAAUACGUUUUGAAAACAGUGCACAUUGCAUCUUGUCAUGAAACUCUUCACGUGUGUACUGCGUUCUGUAUUUUUUAACAUAUUUCCACAGUUAUGACAUCAAGACAAAGCAGUGAGUUUUGCAUGUAACCUUAGCACCUAGUAGGCACAUUGUGGACAUUGUUGUGCUAGCUCAGGGAAAAUACCAUUUAUUGUCUCUGAUAGAUGCUGUGGAUUUAAUAAGUAAACCUCAACUUUAAAAUGUGCAACCAUUUCAUUGCAGCCAGUGAACCAGCCCAGUCCCUAGGAAAAGGCAUUGUACGUUUGUGCAAACCACGGAUACGUUGGAUACGUUUUGCAUUCGCUCGGAGCAAGUGUGUAGUACAAAGAGCGAUACGCAGAGCAAGUGAUGUAGUUUAUCCAGCGACCAUUAGUGAAAGAUAACGUGGUACAAAAACAAAAAAAGUACAAUGAGCAUUACAGGGGAGGUGGGAGGUGUGGUGGAUGGGUCAAACAAACACAGAUUUCUGUUCAUGAACCGUGUGAAACCAAAAGUAGACAUUGACUUUACGCAUAUUACGUAAUGUUUUUGUAUUGUUACGUUAUUAUGUUAACAAACCAUUAACUUUUUUUCUACCCUUAACCAAGUAAUUUUAUUGCCUCAACCUAACCAAUUGUUUCACAAUGUUAAUCACGUUCCAUUGAGUGUUUCUGCAAGUGUCAUACAAGACUGGUAUGAAAUUGUUUCAGAAACAUUUGCGUAAACAUUUGCAGAAAUAUACAAUGACAUAUUUUCUGGCGACUGGGUUGAGUGAACACACCAGAUUUCAUUGUUCUGUAAUGGUUUAAGGAUAUUACCUGAACUCAAUAUUUUCCUCUUGUCAGUUUUUGUCUGGACAUUUAACUGUAUAAUACCUCACCAGUUUCUCUCUCUAUUUUGUAUGCUGUGUCCUUUAUAGUAAUGUUUUUGGUGUUUUGAAUGCAUCCCGACUUUUAGCUGCUUUGCGAUGUUUCCCCCCCCUCACACCUUUGUCGGCUCCCUGCCCUUCGUGCGUAAAUGUUUGCCAAAAUGCAUAUUGCCAAACACUGCUCUGAGCUAAUCGUAUACAGAAAAUGAAUGCAACUGAAUCUACAUAUCAGACUUGUCAUGGUGACUAUAGCCAUAUUGUUUUGAAACCCUAGACACAGUUCACACUUUCACGUGAUGUAGAACCAUGGAGCACUGUACCGUUGCACAAUGUCAUUAGUCAUGUCAUUUAACUGUAUUUACCUCUUUAAAUCUUUACUCACUUGCUACAUGUAUAUGUUGAAGGUAAUAAUUGUAAACUUAAAGGGGAGUUCAUGCCAAUAGCAUCACACAGGUUUAAUGACUGAAAUAUGUAGCGUACAUAGGUGAGACGAGGUGUUAAUGGAUCAGGGAACAGAUUGGCUAUACUGAUACGGGUCGAUGGAGCAUGGUGUCUGUGUUUUUAAAAUGGCUCACAUAAUGAAGAGUCUCACUCUCACAAGAGUAUUGUAUUUUUCUAACAUUUACUCUAAUGCCCUGCAUUUGCACUCAGCACUGAUGAGUGUAAUUUACCAUUUAUUGCACAUAUUGUUACUCACUAUUACAGUUAUUCUCCCUCUAAAUGUUUUUUUUUUUCAGAACCCAAUAAUAACAGUGAUGUUCUCGUGUGACAGUCACCUUAGCAGUGCGGAUUGAGAAUUGUAUAUUACUGAUAUUCUUUGUUUUAUGUAAAAGAAAGAGAGAAAAAAAUAAACAAUUUCAAUACUUAUACAACAUUAUGGAUUCUGCCUUUUGGUUUGUUGUAUUUGAGUGAAUUCAUGUGGCUAAAAGAAGCAACAGGUGUGAUUUUUAUGCAAACAGGGGAGACCGUUUCCUCCACUCCCAGAUUCCAGCCCAAUCUCUCUGCUUGCCUGUAUGAAAGAUGGAAGCGCUACAGAGCACUGGGUCCAACUUACUUUUCCAACUCUGUGACAACAAGAGUUGUUUUUUUUUUCCAUUAAAUGCAAAGCAAACAAUUUGCAGAAUACCAACCAACA